AUGGCCCCGCCGCGGACCGCGUCGUCAGAGGGCGUUGUGCUGAUCCCAGCCACCACCAAGAGGAACACGACUGGCUACAAGAACGUGUCCUUCAACCGCCGCGAGAAAAAGUUCAAGGCGCAGGUGACGGAUGGCGGCGAGAGUGUCUUCCUCGGCUACUUCGACACCGCCGAAGAGGCGGCCGUCGCCUACGCUCGGUCAGAGUACGGCCGCGCCGACGCCGCGAAGCUGCUGCAGCAACGCCCCGCUCCCACUCCCGCUGGCGCCGAGGUGAUACAGCAGGCGGAGAGGGAGGGCCUCACCCUCACCGCCAGUAGCAGCAGCAACACCAGCUACAAAGGCGUGACCUUCUGCCCGAAGCAGAAAGGCAGCAAGAAGUACAUGCUGAGGUCCACCGUCCAAUUUGGACUAUAG